AUGGCCUCCGAAACCCUCGACGAGAAGAAGAGCCAGGACGAUGGAUCGGGCCCUGUAGAUGACGAGGAGGAGCCCAUGGAGGAGGAUGAGGAGGAACCGGCGACUCCGGCGGCGGCGGCGGCGGCGGAGGAGGAGGAGGAAGGCGGAGAGGACGGAGAAGAGGAAGCGGAGGAGGAGGAGGGGAAGAGGGGGAGGAAGAGGGGCGUGGGGGAGAAGAAGAAUGGGGAUGGGGAUGCGGAGGAGGAGAAGAAGCAGAAGAAGAGGAGGAGGGGUUCGGUGGUGAGGGAGAGGGCGACGCCGGCCGUGGAGAGGCCAUCGAGGGAGAGGAAGGCCGUGGAGAGGUACACGGCAUCGGCUUCUCGGAGUGCUUCCUCAAAGAAGGUCCCUUCGAUCUUGCAGGGUUCUGGAACCAAGUUGAAGGACAUCCCAAAUGUUUCCUUCAAGUUGUCAAAAAGAAGGAUAGACGAGAAUCUCCAAGUUCUUCAUACAAUCCUUUUCGGAAGGAAGUCAAAUGCCCAUUAUUUGAAAAGAAACAUUUCCCAGUUCUCUGGUUUUGUGUGGGGUGAGAGUGAGGAAAAGCAGAAGGCUAGACUCAAAGAAAAGCUUGAUAAAUGCAACAAAGAGCGGUUACUCGAUUUCUGCGAGCUACUUGAUAUACAUGUUAACAAAGCCACUACGAAGAAGGAGGAAAUCUCUGCAAAAUUGGUGGAAUUCUUGGAAUCCCCUCAUGUUACUCGAGAUGUUAUACUUUCUGAAACACCUGAGAAAGGUAAGAAACGCAGGAGGGCAAAAGGAAUCACUCCAGCAACACUAGGAGAAGCAUCUCCAGAUAAAGAAUCAAAGAGAAAGGGUUAUAAAAGAUCAGUUGAAGCUGAGAACGAAAACGAAGAUGAAGGUGGUUCUGCUGACUCAGCAAAGGAUGCAUCUAUUGAAGCAGAAGAUAACGAAGAGUCAGAUGAAGAGAGUGAGCACGCUAAGAGUGAGCAGGAGAAUGAGGAAAGUGAACCUGAAGAGCCCACAGCAAGCAAUAAAAGAGCUAGUAAAAAGGAGAAGACUUCUACUGGUAAAAAAGCCGCUUCUGCAAAUUCAAGUAGAAGCUCUAAAGUUGUUCCAAAGAAGGUGGAAGUAGAAGAUGAACCGGAUGCACAACUAGAAAGCAAAAAAACCUCAAAGGCCUCAACAAAGCGGAGAAAUGUGGUCAAGAAGGGUUUAGACAAAACAAAUAAAGGGGUUCCAGAUUCUUCUUCAGGGAAAAAAGUUGCUUUGGAUGACCAUAAAUCCAGUCAAUCUACAGUCUCCAAAUCGAGAAAGGAGGAUCAAAGGAAGGGUCAAAGUAAGACUACUGCUAAUAAGAACACUAAGUCUAUCAAGAAGCAGGUUGCUAAGGUGGAUUCAAAGGUUUCCACCAAAAAACAAGGAAAAGGCAAGGCAAGUCGAGAUGCCAACAGUGGACCCAGCACGGAAGAAUUGCAUGCUGUGAUCAGCAAAAUUUUGAAACAAGUGGACUUCAAUACGGCAACUUUGGCUGACAUUCUCCGUCAAUUAGGGAUUCAUUUUAAUGUGGACAUGAUGGAUAGGAAGGCAGAGGUGAAGCGAAUAAUAGAAGAUGUAAUAAAUAGCAUGACGGAUGAUGAGGAAGAAAGCGAGGAUGACGACAAUGAUGGUGGUGAUGAUGCUGGUGGUGAAGCAAAUGAUGAUGAUGGGGGGGAAGAAGAUCACAAGGAAGAUUCAGAUGCAGAUGAUGAUAAGUAACUUAACCAAUUUUUUCCUCGCCCUUUUCUGGCAUGUAUAUGGAGUCAGCCAUUCUCUCUUGUGCUUACUUUUUCUUUUCUGGGAGGAUUUGAGUAACUCUUUUGAUGUACCAGAUAUCCGAGCCUAGUGGCUCCUUGUACAAUAGUCUCCUCAUUAGAUUUUUCUUCUUAAUCUUUCCUGUAGGCAGGUUAGUCUCGAAUGUAAUGUUAAAUAAUUUUUGGCUUGUUGGUCUGAUCAUUGAAUGUAGUUUCAGAAAACCUCAUGAUCCUGUGAUUCAAAUACCUUUCAUGGUGAAUGUCCUUCGAUGAGAAAUUAAAUAAUCCUUCAAUUA